UCGUUUUUGUUGUUGCGCGCUUGUUCUACGUACGUGAAUUGUUAAUUGCCUUUUGGUUUCCAACAACAGCAAACAGAAUAUAAUGAUUUUCAAGUUUUAUUGAGCAUAGUCCAAUUUAAGCAAACUUUUUCAGCUUCAACGUACAAAAUGCAGUCUAUUAAAACUGCAGACUUGCCGGAGAAUCCACGGGAGCAUGCCAAUUUUAUAUCGGCAGCAUGUUUCUGGUACACCAUGCCCACGUUCCUAAAGGGACGCAAAAAAACGCUGGAAACUGAAGAUCUCUUCAAGGCAUUGAAGGAACACAAGUCAGAAACCCUUGGAAAUGAUUUAUGCGCCGCCUGGGAGCGGGAGUUACAGAAGAAACAGCUGAACACCAAAAAGGAGCCGAGCCUUCUGUGCGCUCUCGUGCGUGUUUUCGGAUUGCACUUUGGCAUGCUGGGACUGGUGCUCUUCCUGCUGGAACUGGGUCUGCGCACACUGCAGCCGCUGUGUCUGCUCAAGCUAAUAUCCUACUAUACCUACGGCUCGGAGACAAUAGAGGCUGCUUAUUAUUAUGCAGCAGGUGUGGUUGCCUGCAGCGCCUUGAAUGUCAUCAUUAUGCAUCCGUAUAUGCUGGGCACAAUGCACGUCGGCAUGAAAAUGCGCGUCGGAAUGUGCAGCAUGAUUUAUCGCAAGGCGCUGCGGCUGAGCAAAACCGCGCUGGGUGAUACCACAGCUGGGCAUAUUGUAAAUCUGAUGUCUAACGACGUGGGACGCUUGGAUUUGGCCACAAUUUUUGUGCAUUAUCUGUGGGUGGGACCUCUGGAGACGCUGUUUAUAACAUACCUAAUGUACCUGGAGAUUGGAAUUGCGGCUGUGUUUGGUGUGGCUUUUAUGCUGCUCUUCAUACCGAUGCAGGCCUGGCUGGGCAAGAAGACCUCGGUGCUAAGGAUGCGCACAGCUUUGCGUACGGACGAGCGCGUUAGGAUGAUGAACGAGAUUAUUGCUGGCAUUCAGGUGAUCAAGAUGUAUGCCUGGGAGCUGCCCUUUGAGCAAAUGGUUGCGUUUGCCCGCAAAAAGGAAAUUAAUGCCAUACGACAUGUCUCCUAUAUAAGAGGCAUAUUGUUAUCAUUUAUAAUAUUCUUGACACGCGUUUCCAUCUUUCUAAGCCUCGUGGGCUAUGUACUCUUGGGCACAUUUCUGACACCCGAAGUGGCCUUUGUGAUCACGGCCUAUUAUAAUAUAUUGCGCACCACCAUGACCGUAUUCUUUCCCCAAGGCAUUUCGCAAAUGGCCGAGGCAUUAAUUUCUAUAAAGCGUGUGCAAAAGUUCAUGCUGUACGAGGAGACGGAUGUCAUUGAUAAAUCCUUGGAACUACCCUUAGUCUCGCCAGGAAGCAAUCAGACUACAGUGCACUCUAAACUGGAACAGGAGAAUGAGGAUGCCAAGGAGAAGCUGCUAACGCCACCAAUGCUGCCGCACAUCAAUGAAAACGCCGUACUCUCUGAAGCCCAAAUAUCCAUAACUGCAUUAAAAGCCAAAUGGGAUACCAGCUCACCGGAUUACACCCUAAAUGGCGUCAAUUUGCGCGUGCAACCUGGCACCAUGCUUGGCAUUGUGGGACGUACGGGCGCCGGCAAGUCCAGCUUGAUUCAGGCUAUACUGGGCGAGCUGCGUGCCGAAUCUGGCGAGAUACGUGUAAAUGGAAGCUUCUCAUAUGCAUCUCAGGAGCCCUGGCUCUUCACUGGUACUGUUCGUCAGAAUAUACUCUUUGGCCAGGCAAUGGACAAACGUCGCUAUGCACAGGUGGUGAAAAACUGUGCCCUGGAGCGUGACUUUGAGCUGUUGCCAUACGGCGACAAGACAAUUGUGGGCGAGCGGGGUGCAUCUUUAUCGGGCGGACAGAAGGCGCGCAUUAGCUUGGCGCGCGCUGUUUAUCGCCAGUCGGCAAUUUAUCUGCUCGACGACCCGCUUAGCGCCGUGGACACACAUGUGGCACGACAUCUAUUCGAGAAAUGCAUGCGCGGCUAUUUGCGUGAUCGUAUUGUAAUCCUUGUCACGCAUCAGCUGCAAUUUCUGCAGCAUGCCGAUCAAAUAGUCAUUCUGGAAAAGGGUCAAGUGAGCGCUGUGGGCACAUACGAAUCGCUGCGCGAAUCGGGUCUUGACUUUGCCUCAAUGCUGGCAGAUUCGUCACGCGACGAGCAUGGCAUCGAGGAGCGCUCUCGCUCCAGAUCGGGCUCGGCCAGCGAUAAGCGACGCAACAGCGAACAGUCGCUCCUAUCGCUAGCCGAUUCCUGUCUGGAUGAGGCCUCGGCAGCGCAAAUGCAUGUGCAGGAGUCACAGGAACAAGGUCGCAUCGGACUGCGACUAUAUAACAAAUAUUUUAAGGCUGGCGGCGGUUUCUUUGCCUUCUUUGUCAUGAUGGGCUUCUGUGUGCUGUCGCAGGUGCUGGCCUCUCUGGGCGACUAUUUUCUGUCAUAUUGGGUUGCCAAGAAGGGCAGCUUAAAAAGCAUGCAUGCCGCCAAUGACACCACAACCAUUGUCUCACAUGGCCCGGAAUCUCGUCUCUCGAUUUGGCUCCACGAUUUGGGCUUGUCCGUAGAUGCUGAAAUGCUGGACACUUAUAUCUUUACCCUGAUUACUAUUGCUACCAUUGCCAUCACCUUGGCGCGUUCAUUUUUAUUCUUCAAUGUGGCCAUGAAGGCAUCCACGGAGCUGCACAAUUCCAUGUUUCGCGGUAUUACGCGCGCUGCCAUGUAUUUCUUCAAUACAAAUCCAUCGGGUCGUAUACUAAAUCGUUUCUCCAAGGACAUGGGUCAAGUGGAUGAGAUAUUGCCUGCUGUCAUGAUGGAUGUCAUACAGAUCUUUCUGGCCCUGGCUGGCAUUGUCAUUGUCAUAGCCAUUGUUAAUCCGUUGUUUCUGGUUCCCACAGUCGUACUCGGCAUCAUUUUCUAUCAGCUGCGCACGUUCUAUCUGAAAACUUCACGCAAUAUCAAACGCUUGGAGGCCAUUACUCGAUCGCCCAUUUACUCACAUACGGCUGCCUCGCUGACGGGCUUGUCCACGAUACGCGCCUUUGGGGCACAGCGUGUGCUGAUCAGCGAAUUCGAUAAUCAUCAGAAUUUGCAUAGCUCGGCCUUUUACAUGUUUAUAAGCACAUCGCGUGCCUUUGGCUAUUGGCUGGACUGUUUCUGUGUCGUCUACAUUGGCAUUAUUACGCUCAGUUUUUUCAUUUUUCCGCCGGCGAAUGGCGGCGAGGUGGGCUUGGCCAUAACGCAGGCAAUGGGCAUGACCGGCAUGGUGCAGUGGGGCAUGCGCCAAUCUGCGGAGCUCGAGAACACCAUGACCGCCGUGGAGCGUGUCGUUGAGUAUGAGGAUAUUGAACCGGAGGGCGCUUUGGAGGCACCAGCUGAUAAGAAACCGCCCAAGAGCUGGCCAGAAAAUGGCAAGAUUGCCUUUGAGGAGCUUAGCCUACGCUAUUUCCCCGAUCCCAAAUCCGAUUAUGUGCUUAAAUCUCUCAAUUUCGUUAUCAAAGCUCGUGAGAAGGUGGGCAUUGUGGGCCGCACGGGCGCAGGUAAAUCUUCACUUAUUAACGCAUUGUUCCGCCUCUCCUACACCGAAGGCUCCAUACUGAUCGAUAAACGGAACACGCAAGCAAUGGGCCUACAUGAUUUGCGUAGCAAAAUAUCGAUAAUACCUCAGGAGCCGGUGUUGUUCUCUGGCACAAUGCGCUACAAUUUGGAUCCCUUCGAUGAGUAUAGCGAUGAAAAGUUAUGGUCUUCCUUGGACGAGGUCAAACUAAAGGAUGUCGUUGCCGACUUACCCAGCGGCUUGCAGAGUAAAAUAACGGAAGGUGGCACCAACUUCAGCGUGGGUCAACGGCAAUUGGUGUGUCUGGCACGUGCCAUUUUGCGCGAGAAUCGUAUACUGGUUAUGGACGAGGCCACCGCCAAUGUGGAUCCGCAAACGGAUGCACUUAUCCAGACAACAAUUAGAAAUAAGUUUAGGGAAUGCACCGUACUUACAAUAGCCCACAGGCUACAUACGAUUAUGGAUUCUGAUAAGGUGCUCGUCAUGGAUGCUGGCAGAGUUGUUGAGUUUGGCACGCCCUAUGAGCUAUUAACCUGCGCAGAGAGCAAGGUGUUCCAUGAUAUGGUCAAACAGACCGGUAAAGCAACCUAUGAUAAUCUGGUGCUGGUCGCCAAGAAGGCAUUCGAAGCAGCUCAACAAACACGCAGAUUAUCAUCGUGAAGCCAGGCAACAUUGAAUGUAUCUGGGAUUUUAUCAUGGUGAGGACCUGCAUCCCACGAUGGUCCAUCGAAUGUAAAUAAACUCAUCCGAUUCCAGUUUCUAAUACAAUAUUCCUUUAAUUUUAUAUGUACUUAUAUGUAUGUGCCUAUGCAUUGAAUAUUAUAUUGUUAAUGUUUAUAUAUUUCUAUGUAUAUUAAGUGUAAAAGUGCAAGGAAUACAGUGCCUUCAAAAUAAAUGU